UUGCAGUUCAAGAAAACGCCCGUAUUUCAGUUCACCGGAAGAAUGGAGGAAACGCCGGUAGAGGAAGGAGAUACCAACAAAGAUGUCGAGGUUGCUCCGGCCUUAAUUGCGGUUCACCCGGCCGAGAAAUCUGUUGCCGUCGCCGUUGGGUCCGACCUGCGCGUAUUCGAUCUCGUAGGUAAUUGUCCGGUUUCUUUGGUCGAUGAAUCUGGGGAACAGCAUCAUAAAGAUUCCAUUAGAGCUAUUUGUUAUGGUUCAAAAGGGCAGCUUUUUGUAUCCGCUGGUGAUGACAAAACUGUUAAGAUUUGGUCGACUGAGUCUUGGCGCUGCAUUUAUAACGUGUGUUCUGAAAAACGAGUCAGUGCAGCUGCCAUUAGUCCCGACGGGUUACAUGUUUGUUUUGCUGACAAGUUUGGGGUGAUUUGGGUUGUGGAUCUUGAUGGAGGGAUUGAUGAAAAUCAACCUCUUGCCAACAAGACGGCUGUGUCGUUGCUUUCACAUUAUUGCAGUAUAAUCACUAGCUUGAAAUUCUCACUGGAUGGCCGUUUCUUAGUUAGUGCAGACCGUGAUUUUAAAAUUCGGGUUACAACGUUCCCUACAAAACCUGUGGAUGAAGCUCAUGAGAUUCAAAGUUUUUGUCUAGGCCAUACUGACUUUGUAUCAUGCGUAGCCUUCAUUUCCAAUCUGGAGUGCCCACAUGGGUUUCUUAUCUCUGGAAGUGGCGAUUCAACUGUACGCUUAUGGGAUAUUCUCUCUGGAUCUCUCCUUGAUAUUUUCGAGAUUGGGGAUAAGGUAGAACUUUUAGAGUCUAAAGAAAGAGAGGGGUGCAAUUCGGCUGUCACAAGUCUCUGCACAAUUGCUGAUGGUCCCCUUGUUGCGGUGGCGGUUCAAAGCUUGCAUGGAAUAAUUUUGCUGAACUGUGACCUGUCAAAUCGUACUCUAUCUGUAGUCAAGGUGGUUUCUACAAGAGAGGAGACUUUCAUCCCCACUAGCGUAUCGAGCAGUUGCUCGACUGGAUAUCUAUGGAUGGUAACCGGUGUCUCCAGUUUGCAUGACGUGGGGCAAUCCUCUUUGGCCUGUGUCAAGGUCAUCAGUGGUUUCAACAAGGAUAAUCCCUAUUCCACUGGGAACGAGUUAUUCGUACUGGAAGAUGAUGCAAUACCUGGUGGAAAGAAGCUACUUGAAAAAUUGCAGGGAGGUGUGUCGUUUGAUGAAAAAGUAUUCUUGGCAGCUGCUGAAGCUGUUAAGACUGCAAUGAGCAAUCUGUUGACUAAAAAACAGUACUCCACUGAGAAACGGGACUUCAGAAAGAGAACCAGAAAUGAUAGAAAACUUAAAAAAUGAUGGAGUAUUAGUUCACUCGCACAUCAGCAACAGGAGCCUGUUCUAUGUAAAAUUAGUUCUCUUUUUCAACAUUUUUUAGCUUGACAGAGUCGCUUAGUUCCUUAGAUUAAUGUGAUAAUGUUUUAAUUUAUUCUGCAAGAAAAACUUGACGUGCUUUAGCCGCAGUUUUCUUUGUCAAAGCCAUAUCAGGAAUAGGGAUGUAAGUUGGUCCACUCCCCAAUUAUUUUGAAGAAAUGACCAAAAUAGCCCUGCCAUCACAAUUCUUGUUUGGUCUCUCUCUCUCCCAUAGAUGAAAACUGGGCCUGAAAUGAUUGAAGGUUCUUUUUAUCCAUGGAAACUGAAUUUUGAUGAAAUAUAUGUUUAAAUUGGUUUGUUA